UAAUCAAACAACUGAGUAAUUAACGUAAAAAUAAGAUGUCUGGAAUUGCUAUUGCUCGUUUAUCUGAGGAAAGAAAGGCUUGGAGAAAAGAACAUCCAUUUGGUUUUGUCGCAAGACCAAUGAAAAAUGCUGACGGAACAUUAAAUUUAAUGACUUGGGAAUGCGCUAUUCCAGGAAAGAAAGGAACGCCAUGGGAAGGUGGAUUAUACAAUUUAAGAAUGAUUUUCAAGGAUGACUACCCAACGAGUCCACCAAAAUGCAAAUUUGAGCCACCGCUUUUCCAUCCAAAUGUUUAUCCAUCAGGAACUGUCUGUUUGUCACUUCUAGAUGAGGAAAAAGACUGGCGUCCUGCAAUUACGAUCAAACAAAUUCUUCUUGGCAUUCAGGACUUGUUAAACGAACCAAAUAUCAAAGACCCUGCACAAGCUGAAGCUUACACAAUCUACUGUCAAAAUCGAUUGGAAUACGAGAAGAGGGUUCGAGUACAGGCUAGGGCUAUGGCAGCACCACAAUAAAUAAGGAAACAACAAAUUUACACAUCUGAUUAUGGAUAACUCUUCAUUUUUACAAACAUACAAUUAGGAACAGAUCUUUUCUUCUUUGAAAAUAAAUAAACAAACACACUUAAAAGUCGCCCUGUAUGUCAUUCACGAUUUUAAAACAAGAAAACUGUCUGCUUUGCAGAUUCAUUUGAAGAAUAGAUAAUAUAUUAAUACUUUUUAAGUUACGCA